CGAUAUCCGUAUCAUCGUAAUUAGAUGUUACUGUGGUAGAUACCGGUGUACUUCUAAUAAGUAGAUGCAGUAAACUACCCGCCCACGAUUAGCUUUACGCAAGCUUGCACUGUUCACCAUUUUUUCAUUGCUAAAUCAACACCGUAAGUCAUGCAUAUGGCGCAACGAAAAGCCUGGAGGGCAACCGGUGGGCCAACACCGGUCGUUGAUGCAUAACUACAGGAAUCAUGAGCAUAUGCACAACCGUGAGGUCGGACACCCAACCCUUGCUGUCGGUUUAGAAACCCUUUGGGUAUUUGACCAGUAAUCUGCAAUGCCAGCCUGGUAAGCACCUGCGGUGAGAUUGUCCAUAGCCACCGUUCCGCAGCUCUAUCCCGGAAGGCUCUUGGGGUUUGGUGAUCGGCUUGUGGAAAUCUCCAACUCAUAGCCGCCGAGCCCUGUGCUCGCCACUAAAAUUGUGUGCGGAAAAUGGACUCCUUGGAACUUGGCAAGAGGACCUUCGGCGGUAUCAGCAACGGCCAUGGCAGCUUAGCCACAGAAGGCAGUGCCAGCGGCGCUGCCUCCCACAGCAACGGCGACAGCGCUGACACCUUCGAGGCCUAUAGCGGCGGCAGCCGCAACCGCAUGCCCCAUGCCGCCGUGGAAGACCGAACCAACAGCCCCAGCCCCAGCAGCAGCAAGUUCCGCUACAAGCGCAGUGUGACGUACGACAUGUGCUCCGCAACUCCGACUGCCAACCGUAAUGGCCGCAGUGGGGGCCUUUGGCCCCUCGCGACGGCAUCCAAGCGCAGUGGGCACAACUGCAACAGCCCGGACUCUCGGGCUUCGCAGCCUGCAGUGCUGGCAACAGCAGGAGCAACAUCUCCGGUAACACCUGCCAUUGCUGAUGCAGCCGCAAACAGCACGGCAUCCGCCGCCGUAAGCAGAACCAUACGACAAACCCUUGCUGCAGCAGCGGCAGCAGAGGCGGCAACGCCUCCACCGCCAGCGGCAAAGCUGCCAUCGGCGGGUCCUAAUGACGUGGCGGCAGCGGAGGUGGCGGUGGCGGCGGCAAUUCAGCUACGCCUGCAGCAGGGCCGGCGGCUGCAUCAGCAGCAACCAGCGAAGCCUGUCGUACAGCCUUCCCCGGAACAACAUGCAACGGUCCAACACCACCUGUCGCCGGAGCACCCUCCCACCCGGCCUCCGCUUCUUCCCGCAAUUCAGGAGGGACUGGAUGACGGGUCCGCAGCGUCUUUGCCAGUGGCCGCCGCUGCUGCCGGCUGCCUCCCAACCGCUGCACCUCCCAUGGCUCCCGGCACAAAGGCGUUGACUGGCUUUGACGGCUUUCCAUCGCCGUUCUGCUCCCACUCCCCAGGCCAUGGAGCUUCGAACGGUGCUGAUCCUCCUCUAGCGUCGCCCUGGGUGCGUGGCCCCUGCGGCAACCCCGAUGACUCUCUCCACAGCUCCCCGCCCUUCGCAGCUGAGCAUCCAAUUCCGCACUUUGCUGCCCUGGGCCUCGGAAGUGUCGUACAAGACAGUCUGGCGGGGUUCGCCUUCCUAGGCGGCGGCUGCAGCGGUUUCCAUGGCGGCGGCGGCGGCGCAUCUACGACAGUUGGCAGCGGCGGCGGCGGCGGUGGAUCUGGAUCCACAGACCCCUGCCAUCACCACGACGACGACGAUGCGGG